UUUCUAUUCAAUCCCAUAAAAGUUUCUAUAGGGACUAGGAAGCGGCGGAGGAGCGCGCAGGCAAAAGCUUCAGCUGCUCAACUACUCCGUCGCGGCAGCAGAAGGCUUUUCUUCAUCUUCUCUACCACUACCAUGGAUUCUCGUUUAUACCUGAAACCCAAUAACAUCAUUCCUUUCACUCCCAGUUCAAGGGCUUCUUCCCCUUUCCUCCCUUCCUAUUUCCCGCCUCGGCUUCGGCUCGAGUCUUUUCGCCUUCGACCCACUUCUCUUUCUGCUGUUGUCAAGAAGCGCAGCAAUUCAUCUUCCAACUCUACUACUACUACUACUACUACUACCAUUCGUUGCGAGCUCAAUGGCAAGAUCAAUGGCUCCUCCCAGUCCCCUGAAUUCGACCCUCGAUUCCUUGACCGGCAAAAGGCACUUGAAGCAGCAAUGAAUGACAUAAAUGGUUCAUUUGGAAAAGGAAGUGUUACACGUUUGGGUAGUGCCGGUGGAGCAUUGGUUGAGACAUUUCCCAGUGGCUGUUUGACAUUGGAUUUUGCUUUAGGUGGUGGGCUUCCUAGAGGAAGAAUUGUAGAGAUAUAUGGCCCAGAGAGUAGUGGAAAGACUACCCUUGCGCUCCAUGCAAUUGCAGAAAUCCAGAAGCUAGGUGGCAAUGCGAUGCUUGUGGAUGCCGAACAUGCUUUUGAUCCAGCAUAUUCAAAAGCACUAGGGGUGGAUGUAGAAAAUUUGAUUGUUUGCCAACCUGAUCAUGGGGAGAUGGGACUCGAAAUUGCCGAUCGUAUGUGCAGAUCUGGAGCAGUGGAUCUUAUCUGUGUUGAUUCUGUGUCAGCUCUUACACCACGAGCAGAGAUUGAAGGUGAGAUUGGGAUGCAGCAAAUGGGUCUGCAGGCACGGCUCAUGAGUCAGGCAUUGCGUAAAAUGUCCGGAAAUGCUUCAAAAGCUGGGUGUACACUUAUUUUCCUCAAUCAAAUUAGAUACAAGAUUGGUGUAUAUUAUGGGAAUCCAGAAGUCACUAGUGGAGGAAUUGCCUUGAAAUUCUUUGCAUCAGUUCGUCUCGAGAUACGGUCUAUUGGGAAGAUAAAGUCUGUACGUGUUUGUUCCUCUUUCCUUCUAUUUCCAACUUCAUUUUGUUGCUUGGCUAAAGGAGAUGAAGAGGUGGGACUCCGUGUUCGUGUAAGAGUACAGAAGAGUAAGGUGUCAAGACCAUACAAGCAAGCUGAGUUUGAAAUCAUGUUUGGAGAGGGAGUCGGUCAACAGGGUUGCAUAUUGGAUUGUGCUGAGAUGAUGGAUGUCGUUCUAAAGAAGGGCUCUUGGUAUAGCUAUGAGGACCAAAGGUUGGGGCAAGGAAGAGAAAAAGCGUUGCAGUACCUGAAUGAAAAUCCUCAUCUGCUUGAAGAGAUAGAGAAGAAAGUUCGAUUGAUGAUGGCAGACUCGACUUUGCAAUCUGGCCCUCUGUACGCAAGGCAACUGGCAGCAUUGUCCCAGGACGAGAGCACGAAUGAUGAUAUCUAGUAGAUGAUGCAACCAUCGAGUUAACUGAAGUCCUUUGCAAGCAAAUCACUGAAGAUUCACUGAAGCUUCUGAAGUAAGAUUGAGCUGAGGUACUCUUCUCACUGUUCUACCAUGCCAGCUGAGAUCUGUUAUCACGGCAUGCUGUCAGCCUCUGGCGCUAGUAACUACUGGAGAUUGCUGAACUAGAAGGCUGGAUUUUGACAAGAGAAAGAGGUUAAGAAAGAACAGUUGGUUGCUAAAUGCUGACUUCUUUCUGCCUCGAAAAAGAAAGGAAAUGAUUUGAUGCGGAAUAGAAUGCAGAAGUUCUUGGGGGUAUCUCGUAGCUUAAUGUUUCUGUAUUGCCAACGCCAUUACCUGAUGCUGAGCAAAUGGUUUCCAUUAUUUCAAUCAAUUCGGCAAGCAUGCAGGUUUACGCAUUGAGAUUAUGAUUAAUUUACUAGGGUGAAUGUGAUUCAUUCCACAAUGCCCCUGUAAAAAGCAAGCUCAAAGUAGCUCUUGCUGCUCUUCAUCAUUUCCAGGUAUUUCCCUGGUAACAUAUUUGCACCGGUAAGCUAGUGGCGUCUAUCCAUUUCAGUGAGUAGCUUUGAGUUGCUUCAAAAACAAGUUUACUGUCACAACAGCCAAGAAGCACAAAAUUAUACAACACAAAGUAGUAUCCAUAGAUUUUCAUGAGAAGACAGCAGCCACAUUAAAUACACAAACAUAGUAGUGGUCUUUUGUUCACAUGCAUCUACGUAGUUUCUGCUUUGGGGGAAACAGGGGCGACACAAGCUAAUGUAUACGACUAGAAAGAUCGAUGAUAACCAUUACACAGUUGUCUCUUCCCUUUUCCGAUCCCUCUUAACAGAACCGUUUAAUUACUGAGACAAAGCACUGGUGUUGUAGACAAGGAGUGCCCCUCCUGCUAGAAUCCCCAACAAUGUCACUGCCCAGAUCGCCAAUCCAGUCAAUCCUCCGGCAUAGACAUCGCCGGUGGGUGCCCACUCAUCUUUGUUGUAGAUGGGGCUG